CGAAACUAUUGGGGCUGUACAUGCGAAUCGUCAUGAAUCUGAGAAUCCAUUAAGUAGUGUAAAGUUUAGAUCUAAGCCUAGCAUGACAAAGAGCUAUAUUGUGGAACACACUAAGGAGCCACAUUCCUAGUAGGCCUUGUACGACAUCAUGAUUGAUUCAAUAUCCCCGUUUGGUCUUUAGAAUCAGGUCAGGCGUUAUGUGCCUAGGAAGAAUUCGUUACAUUCUGUGGACUCAGCAAUGAGCUGCGCUGUCUGAGAAAAUCGUACUGCAUUCUUAAAAUUAGCAUAGUAGGCGUGGCCACCCAGAAGAGGACGCAAAUAUGACCUAUCCUAACAGCAGGAUAUUAUGCUGGCACACGAUGGCGGAAAAGUCAUUUUUAAAAUGUUUUGAAAUGCGUUUAGGUUAUUUUCAAGAUUCCCUCAUUACCAUACACGUGACGUCAUCAGUUGUGCUGCUGACUACUAGCGCAGCAGGACGUUGCAGGACAAUGUAAACGUUAGCUAGUAGGCGCCUAAAUAGCUCCUGAAAUUGUCUGUGUAACAGGGAUGAGUUUUUGAAUAGCAUAGGUUUUUGUUUUUCCAGUAACGCAAACAUGUUGGUAUGGCGUAGUCAUCUUACUGCCCGUUGGUUUACAUCGCUAUUUUACUAGGCUUAUCCCAAAAUUGCUUGUUUUGAAUCAGCCCGGUAUAGUAACAAAUCGAGAUGGACUACUUGUUACAGGUGAAAAUAGGCGCCCUCGUGGGUUUGUUACUCCUGACCGUAUUUUUCGGAUUUAUCCCUGCUCGGAUGAAGUGGUUCAGAGAAACCAGUGGGACAGGCACUGUAGUAUUGCCAGUGGAACCGUAUAGCUUCCAUCCCUCUCCUCGCCCCUACCUGGGCUCGAACCAGGAACACAUCGACAACAGCCACCCUCGAAGCAGCAUUACCCAUGCAGAGCAAGGGGAACAACCACUCCAAGUCUCAGAAAACCCAUCGGGUGGUCCUGAGUUUUAUCAGCUGUUUUGCCGGAGGCGUCUUCCUGGCUGCCUGUCUGUUGGACAUCAUCCCAGACUACCUGUCGGACAUCAAUGCUGAGCUGGACGCACGGAGGGUGGACACCAGCUUCCCCCUUCCAGAGUUCAUCAUGGCUGCAGGCUUCUUCACUGUGCUAAUCGUGGAGAGGAUCGCUCUGAACUGCAGACAAGAUGCCAUGCAAGGGUCAGAACAGGAGAGAGCACCUCUGAUGCAGGCCAACAGGCACCGCCAUGGGCACGGGCAGGGGAAAGCCUCGUCCACCAACCUGGAGGGUAGUGCCCACCAUGUCCACAUGGACCUCCAGGCCCACUCCUCCUUUCGCUCGUUCAUGCUCUUUUUCUCGCUCUCCCUGCAUUCUGUGUUCGAGGGCCUGGCCAUCGGGCUGCAGACCACAGACUCAAAGGUAUUAGAGAUCUGCAUCGCCAUUGUGGUCCACAAAAGCAUCAUCGUGUUCAGCCUGUCGGUGAAGCUGGUGCAGAGCGCGGUCCCGCCCAUGUGGGUUGCGGCCUACGUGGGCGUCUUCGCCAUGAUGUCUCCGCUGGGCAUCGGAGUGGGCAUCGGGGUUAUUGAGGCUCAGCUGGCGGCAGGCGCUCUGAUCCAGGCCAUCCUGGAGGGGCUGGCGGCCGGGACCUUUAUUUACAUCACCUUCAUGGAGAUCCUGCCUCACGAGCUGAACUCCCCGGAGAACCAGCUGCUCAAGGUGUUCUUCAUCCUGUUGGGCUUCAGCGUCAUGGCGGGCCUCACCUUCCUGAGCUGAGAGGAUGUCACCCACUGGAGCAACUGACCUUGCGGGAAUAUGGGUGUGGCUCAUAUGAAUCACGGGACUUGAUAUUCUGUACUAGGGUCGCCAUAAUGGGAGAUGUCUCAGGGAGAAGGGAAAUAUAAAAACGGUCCCGUUUUACUGCAGGGUUGAUGCAGGGGAGAUUACAGUGCCCGUGUCUGGCUGUGCCACUUUUAUUUGAGGGUCACAGCUGUCCUUACUCAGUAUUUUUGUUUUUAAGGGUGAUUGACACUCAUUGGUAUUUUUUAUCCUGCUUUUAGCAUAGAUUUUAAUUUCACAGCCAAGGAUGGUAAGACAGUUUUUUUUUAAUUUAAGAACUUUUAAUGAUUUCAAAUAGAUUAUAUUUAGUUAAGUAAUACUUUUUAAUUUGGUGGUUUUAGCACUGGAAAAAUAAUAAGCACACAGAAUGUGGCAAUAUUAGUUGUUUAUCCUGUGGCAUAUCUUUUAAAAAAAAGUAUAUUUUCUUUUAACAAUCGCUGUUUGUAACAUCUUUCACAUAACUGAAGAUCACUGAAAAAAGUUCUGUUCAUACUGACAUCAUGAUUGCCUGGUCCCUUUGGUAAAUGACAGGUGUGGCAAAGAGUGUAAUGUUCGCUAAAAAGACUCGUAUCCAGACUAACAUGACAUCUCUUAAUAGUCAAAUGAAUCCGUCACAUCAAUAUCUCAUUAUGUUUACAGGUUCAAAUGUCAAUUGCAUCAUGUUUACACUUUUGGAUGUGUGCCCACAGUUAAGUUGUGAGCCUCCACAGUUAAAUUGAAGUAUUAAAUGUUUUAUCGCCACUGUGGAACAAAUUGUUUUCACCUUGGGAACUAUACUAUGCCUUACAAAUAAAGAUUGUUUUAUUUGUCACACAGCAGAUAGAUGCAGUGAAAUGUGUUUUACAGGGUCAGCCAUAGUAGUACGGUGCCCCUGGAGCAAAUUUGGGUUAAGUGCCUUGCUCAAGGGCACAGCAACAGAUUUCUUUUUAUAAGACAAACCAUUGUGACCAACAUGUUAAAGAGAGAUUGUUAUUUUAACAUGUGCUGAAGUUGAACUUCUUAACCUGUGUUUUCCUGACUCAGUUCCUCGUUGUGUUGAUAGUUUCCCUACCCCAGCCAUGAGUCAUGUUUCUGUUGUCUAAUCAAAGUUUCAAAUUUAUAACAACACUAUCUCAAGUGACCCUCAGCUUCCUCUUACUCCUCCAUUCUCCUCUCUGACACUGCAGUAAAAUAAUGAUUAAACAAGUUGGCUAUGAUUUGUUUAAAGUG